AUGGAACUGACUGAUCGAGAACGACAAUGGGCUCUGGCCAUCAUGGAAGCCAUUGAGAGCGACACCAAGUUGGACAGUGUUUCCGACUUUGAAGUGGCACAAUUGGCAUUGGUGGACCAUGACAAUCGAGAGCAAGCGCUGGAACGAGUCCGCCAUUUCCAAAUCUUUCGAGAAGAAUACAAGUUACGAAAUACAGUCCAAGAAGGAAAACGAAUCUCUAGUGAUUUUGUGCGACAACAUCCCCUGGUGGUCUUGUCGGUGAGCUUUAAUCCAGAUGAAGGCAACUAUGUCAUGGUCGCCGACAUUGCCAAUCUCUAUGAUAAGGAUGUCCAGCCCGAUUAUCUUACUCUAAUGGGAUGGGUCUACUAUAGUGGGCACAUCUUGUCUCCUGACUUCAUGGCCAUACGGAAAGGCAUCUAUUUCGUGCUGGAAACUAUGGGCUACGACUGGCAUAACCUGACGAUGAAGACGCGACGUAAGUUGUGGACCGAAUGCGGGAGCCAUUACCCCUAUAAUGUGUGGCAAGUCAAAUACUUUCACAUGGGGCUCUUUGCUUCCUUGGCAGCAUCGCUCAUUAAAAAAUUCUUGCCCGAAGAAAUCUCCAACAAAGUGCAAGUGGGAUGCCAAUUUGAAGGUCGACUCGACACAGUCUAUGUGGGACAGAACAAGUUUCGAGCACAAAUUUCUGAUGGCAACUUGUUGGUUAUGUAG